CGAAGUAGGGUGGGAGGCAAAUGUCAGACGGGUCUGAGUUGAUGAUAAACUCAUAUACAGAAAUGUAUCUUCAGUGUCUCCCCCGAAAUACAUAAGUGAAGGCUCCACCGUCAAGGACUGCGUCCCUAAAUGCACGGAGAGGGGUUGUGAGCGGCUCGCACAUCGCGUCUGAAUAUUGCAAGGAAUGAUCACCAUGAAGCGCCAUAUAGGUCGAUAGAUACCCUAAACCUCAUCCGCCGAGAACUGUGCACAAGAAGAAAACCCUAAACGAUAGGCAACCAGUACUUAGUACCAAAAUUAUACUUAAAUUUAUCUGUCGAUAUAAAGAUGGAUAUAGGAUUAAUUUCAUGA